AUGCUUCACAGGCUAUCUCCCCUAUCAUCGUAUUUGGCAGAAGUUCAUCCACAAACCUCUCAGAUUCCUAUUGCCUCAAAUGUAUGCAUGCAUGCAAUGAACGAUAGUUCAGAAGAUGAGCCUCAACUGCAAGUUGAAAUUCUGCAGAAUUGGAUAGAACUUGAGCUGCAAAUCGUGACAAAUGUGGCAUUCGGGGAAGCUUCUUCCACAAACCAGUUGGGCACAAACUCUUUUCUGGAGCGAAAUGGUCUCUUCGACUGGGUUACCAACAGAAAUUAA